AUGUUGUUGCUUCAACGGCCGUUCCUGAAUACUCUAUGUAGAAGUAGAUGGUAUUCUUCAGCUGCACCAAGCCUGAUAGAGCUGGGAACCCUAAGUGGGCCAAGAAAUGACGAAAGGUACCCUGCCGGACAGGUAAAUUACUUUUUUGAGGAAAAAAUGAAGGUUGUUACCUAAAUUUGUGGUUUUUUCUUAAAUAGGCAUAAAGGUUUUAAUAGUUAUAGGUUGUUUUAUAAUUAUAGGUUUUUUAUAGAUACUACAAUAUCGAUAUGAAUAAAAAUGAUAUUUUAGGUAUUUCUACAUCGAGUAUUUGCCUACCGUGGUGUUGUCGUAUGUUCGUUUGAUUGUAAAGUCUAUGGGAAGCAUAAACCGUAAGAUUUUACUAGUUGUUCAUAUAAAAAUGGUCUAUAAGACGAAUUUUAAAUUUGGAGAAUCAAAAAAAAUUUAAAAAAUAAAAUUUUUAACUUUUAAAACUUUCAAAAACCUCAUUUUAGUAACGAAAGUGCCUCAAAAUACGAAAUCGUGCCAUACUAUCAAGUGUUGAUCCACAAAGGUGAUUGGGAACAUAUGAGAAUGCCCUUUGACCUCACCGUAUACUUAUCUGAGAGUGCUGGUAGAGAAGGUAGAUCACUUGGAGUGAUCGGAGGUAUGGACUGUGUACCACACAAUGAUAUAUUGCCAUUGGAGUACAAGACCAACAAGGACACAGCUCCUAUUGAGCAUGACCUUUUCGACCGGUUGUUCAAGUUUGUUGAUCCGAAUCGACCAGGUAGGGUAAUAAAAUAGGUAAUAAGCCAAAUAGCAGCAUAAAAAGAAGGUUGCUUAAAUAAUUCCUUUACAAUAACUAUAUCAUAUUACAAUAAAAUUUUAGAGCUAGGCUAUGUCAAUACCCACGACAUCCCCUCCCAACGCUCAUGGAUGGCCCCUCAGGCUACGCACGUCGAAACAACUAACAAUGUUCGAGUAACGGCAACCACCUUUUAUCUAGGACAAAACGCGACUAAUGGCCAAAUCAAACAUUGCUGGAGAUACAUGGUCAGACUGGAGAAUCUGGAUGGAACUGAUAUGAUCCUGAGGGAACGAUUGAUCAAAGUUUUCUCUUUGAAUAACUUGUCACAGCUUAACGCCGGCGGCGUUGUUGGAGAGGUAGGAAGAUUAAUGGGGAGGAUGAUUUUGUAAUUGAGUUUUAGGUAUACGUAAAACUAUAAAUUAAAAUUUUAGUGUAUUCAUAUUAGGUUGUUCGAAUAAUCUGUGCCUCCUCUCAAAUCCAAAUAUGGGUGGGGUUUGGGGGCACGGAAUUAUUUGAGCAAUCUAAAAGAUAGUUAUAAAUUUUGAUUUUCUGAGUUUACGGUAAAGUGUUACGGUUAGAUAUUUUACAUUCAGGUAUUAUAAUAGGUCUUGUCCACCAAUAAAAGGGUUGAUAUAAUUUUUUAAAACUUCGAAAACUUUUUUGAGGAAAAGUUAGUUAGGAUCAUAUUGUUGGACUUCAUAACGUGUAAGGUUUUAUUUUUAGUAUCCUCGAUUAACCAGCACUGAUCCAGCUUAUCAAUUCAGCAGCACGGUUCAAUUGGCCCAGAAGAAAGGCGGUCAUUUGUGGUGGGUUUUUUUAAAACUAUUAACUAAAAUCAAUCAAAAGAGAAGAUUUUAAUACGUUUAGAUCACACCCCGUAUUUUACAAAAUUUGGAAAAAUUUUGUGUUUCGUAAGUCCAAUAUACUAAUUUUGGACUAACUUUUUAAAUUGUUAAAUCAACGGGUCAAGUAUAAACGUUUGGGCUCUCUUUUGUCAUUUAAAUAGGUUUUAAAAAAAUUAGGUCAAGAAGUCAAUAGAAAAAUGAAAUAUAUGCCUUAUUAAUGAUGAUGAGCUCGUGCCAUACCAAUAGUGCUAAUUUGGUGUAAAAUAUGUGAUAUUAUGUUAGCUUCGGGCAUUUUUUAAUAUAAUUUUAAACUAAAAUCAUACUUUUAGGGGCAAAUUUAAGCUAGAAAAGGACGACGGUACCACAAUUGAGGUGAACAUGCCAACACUGCUACUGGAAUCCAAUUCACCACAAAACUCACACAACAAUGAAGUCGUUCAAUGA